AUCAAAACUACCAAAGGUAUCAACCUUUUUUACGGUGGUGCCAAAUACAGGAGGACGACAGACAGAGCCAGAUGCUGCUGUCAGUAGCAGCUCAGCUGUCAGUGUCAGCCCAGGAGGAGAGAAAGUGGAAAGUGACGCAAGGGAUGCUUUUCACGAAGUUUAACACAGCGUGCAGGGAACUCCAGGCUGAACCUGCUCCUGCUGCCACACUGAAGACAUGUUGAGGUACGCCCCUGCCCAUUGCUGUGAUGUCACGAAAACGAAACUUAAUCAAAAGGAGACGGAACGCUGGAGGAGCCGCUGCGCAGUCUGUAAACUCACACCAAGAUGGGAGUUCAAGGUCUGGACGUCUUCUUAGACGACCACCGGAGGAUCUACCGGGACAUCGAGUUCAGGAUGAGCCAGCUGGUGGUGGACGGAUCCAACCUGAUCCCACUGUUGUACUACAACUCAGGUCUGGACCAGACUCACGGUGGGGAGUAUGCUGCCUUUGAGGCCCUGAUUGAAAGGUUCAUAGCAGCACUCACAACCUGUGAGGUUACUCCAUACGUGGUUUUGGAUGGAGGCUCAGAUCUCAUCCACAAGAAGCUUGAAAUCGUGACAAAGAGAGCUGAGGACCAGAUCAAGAAGGCCCAUCAAGCAGCAGUGGAAGGCAGGAAAAAGAAUAUCCUGCCACCGCUGGCCAAGCAAGUGUUCAAACAGACGCUGGCCCGGCUGAAGGUUCCAAUGGCCCAGUGCUACGGAGACGCUGACCGGGAGAUAGCCGCUCUGGCCUCUGAGUGGAACUGCCCGGUGCUUUCUGGCGACAGCGACUUCUACAUCUUUGACCUCCCAGCGGGGCUGCUGCCCUUCUGUUACUUCCAGUGGAAGAAUGUGAAGGAGGACGGCUCGCAGAGCUUCAUCACCUGUAAGACGUACCACAUCUCCAGGUUCAGCACCGUCUUCAAGAUCCAGCAGCAACUCCUGCCCACCUUCGCUGUCCUUGGCGGGAAUGAUUACGUGAAUCUGCAGAGGAUCCGCUGGACUCAGUUCGCCCCAUCAGAAAGCAAAACGCCCAGUCACCUGGAGGGGCUGCUGUGCUGGCUGAAGGGCUUCCAACAGCCUCAGGAGGCCCUGGAGGCAGCGCUGGUGCUGAUGGAAGAACUUAGCAAGAACAGCAAGACAGAGCUGCUGCAGAACCUGUCUGUGGGGAUGGAGGAAUACCAGCUGCCCUCCAGCUCCCUGAAGGGGUUCUUCCACAACGGGGUGACCCCAGAGGUGGUGGGUCCAAUCCAUCAGGUCCCGGAUCGGAUUCGUCUGCAACUGAUGCAGGCCCGACUGACCCCAGAUGUCCUGGAUGUGUUACUGCUGAAAAGGAUGAGCCUCAGCAUCACCGUGGGACAUAAAAACCAGCCCAGUGUCAACCUGACCUCCAGGCCGCUCCGCCAGGUGAUGUACGGGCUGCUGCUGGGUGAACAGAGGCCAGUGCCCGUGGAGGAGAGGGACCGAGAGGAGCUAAAGCUGACGUUCAUUCCAGUAAAACCGACCUUCAGCAGGGUCGCUCAGGAACUCAAACUCAGCUCACUGCAUGAGGCAAAGCUGUCCGAACGUCUCCAGGUCCUGCUGGAGGCCCUGGGGGUGACCGAGGCCACUCUGAAUGACCUGCCGCCUCAGCUGCGCCUCCCGGUGGCCGUCACCUGCUACUGGCUACGGAGAGCUCAGCCUCCUCCGGACCUGAAGCUGGUGAAGACGCUGCUGCUGGGAAUGAGCAACGAGGACGCGUUGAGAGCCAGAGCAGAUUUGCAGGCUGAACAUCCAAAUGGUAAACCAAACCUGGAUGUGGCUCACGCCUUCAGCCAGUGGCAGGUCUGCCUGAAGGACAGCAUCCAGCUGAACCAGCUGCUUGGCUUCCCUUUGCCUGAGCCAGACGUUGCACGGUUGUAUCAGGGGACACUGGUCCACCAGCUGGUUCCCAGGUUGACUACAGGAGGAAGAGUGAAGGCCUUCCUAGGGAGCGGCCAGUCCAGCGUGAAGCAGUACCACGCUAUGCUGUCUAUCAUCCAACAGUUUCAUGCCCGGGAGGAGUCCACGCCCUCAGAGACCCGGCAGAGAGCGGCAGCACGGCGGCAUCCUCUCAACGACCUCAUGGCCAACGAGGAAGAUAGCAGUGCAGUGCGAGUACACGAGGAGCUGGUCAACCAAGUGUCGGUGAGAACUCGCUACAGAACCAAGGAGAGGAGAAACAGGAGCAACAACCCAGAGCUGGUCCGGAAGGAGGAGUGCCAAGGCCAAGACUUCCUCUGAUGAACAGCUCAGCACUGACUGCUCUUUACUCAGCUGGAUGACAUCAGAAAUCCUGUCAGGCCACUCCAGGUUUCAUCUUUCUGCUACUGAAUUUAUUCCUUUACAUACAUUUUUCAUAGGGGUGACAAGAUGGGAUCACAGGAAGUCUUGAGAUGGUACAACAAAACCAAAACCCAAAACUGAAUUUCACUCAUUUUCCUAUGCUGUUGUUGUAUAGAGGAUAAAUUAGAGUUUACGUGAAAGUACUUCACAGAAGUAAAUGCAAAUUAUUCUGUACAAUGAGUACUUCUACUGUUGAUGCUCAGACCUUUGUACUUUCAGUUAUUGCUGUAAAAUUAAUCUAUACAUUUAGGCAAAUUUUGAUUUGUAUUUUUCAGAUUUUUUUUCUCCAAUUUUGUAAUCCAGUAAAAUAUUAACAUUACAAAAACAAACAUAACAUUUAAAAUUUAGUUUUCACAUUUUACAAAUUUUGACAAAUAUACCCUUUUUAUUUAAUAGAUUAAUUGAAUGUGCAAAGCAGUAAUCAAAGCAUAGGGUGGCUAUUUUGAAGAAUCAAAAAUACAAAACAUGUUUUGACUUAUUUCACACUUUGCGUUUACUACAUAAUUCCAUAUGUGUUCAUUCAUAGUUCUGACGUCUUCAGGGAGAAUCUACAAUGUAAAUAGUCAUGAAAAUAAAGAAAAAACAUUAAAUGAAAAGGUGUGUCCAAA